AUGGCUAACUUUGAGUUUUCUGACAAUAGCUACAACCGCUACUCCAUGCCAGUCACCAGGUCUCGCACUGGCUUGUACGGCGCUGACCUUGAUCAAACUGGCACCGCUCGCUUCCUUUUCGGCGAGGAAGACGCUUCUGGCGAACACAAGUACGGACAGGGCCACGACGACAACUUCCCUACUCUGGUGCGCCGCGACGAUCAAAUGCUCUCUGCAUCCUCCGCUGCCCUUGAUCUUGCCCUCUCUCCAUCGCCCGCCCCCGACGCGCCCUCCACCAACGGUUGGGGCCAUAUUAACCGUCACCGAACACAACAGAGCCUGUCUGCCAUCAACACGUCUUCGCUCAACGGAGCUGCCUCAUCUGGUGAAAUCGGAUCAAGAGCAUCAGUUCGCCACUCACUCGACCUCAAGUUCUUCCCGGACGCCCCUUCCGACAACCAAACCUCAGUCGUUUCUCCCCCGGGCAACCACAUCAUGGCCACUCCUCCCAAGUUGCAGAGCUCCUUUUCUACGAACGAUGUGCCUACCAUGAAGAGCACCACUGGCGCCUCGGUGACCAACAACCACGCCCAACAGCAUUUCCACAACCACAAUGCUAGUAUUGGUCGCAUUCCUGCCGGUGCUGUCCCUGGCCGCCACAGCCGUGAACUGUCCAACGACAACAACAUGGGAGGUGCGCGCGACCAGGCUGGGUCCUUCCCCUCCAUUCAGUCCGCUCUCCAGGCCAACGCUACCCCCUUCGGUCCUGGUGCUCCGGGUCAAGGUUUCCCGCACACCUCUCAGGGCAAUGCGGCUCCCAACGGCGUUGCUACUGCCGGUCCCAACAACUCGUAUGGCAACUUCUACCCGAAUGGCUACGUCUCCCCCACGAACAACGCCCCUCCUACUUCUGGACCUGGACCUUACGGUGUCCCUCUUCUGGCCAUGGGCAUGCAGAACAUGAACCUCGGCGGUAACAACGUGUACCCUGCUCAGAACUACGCUGGCUAUGGCGCGCUUUACAACCAGCAAGCCCAACCUCGCGACAGCCAGGCUCGCGUGAUCCAGCACCGCCGUCAGAUGGACAACGAAGCCAUGUCUCGCUACAACGGUCUUGCCCUUGAGAACGUUGGGGGUCAGAUUUACGAUCUUUGCAAGGACCAACACGGUUGCCGCUAUCUGCAAAAGAAGCUCGAGGAGCGCAACCCUGAACAGGUUCACAUGAUCUGGCUCGAGACCAACCAACACGUCAUUGAGCUUAUGACCGACCCCUUUGGUAACUACUUGUGCCAGAAGCUUCUUGAGUUCUGCAACGACGAUGAGCGCACCGUGCUCAUCCAGAACGCUGCCGUCGACAUGGUUCGCAUCGCUCUGAACCAGCACGGCACCCGUGCCCUGCAGAAGAUGAUUGAAUUUGUCACAACUCCCACCCAGAUUGAGAUGAUCAUCAACGCUCUGCGCUUCCAGGUCGUUGAGCUCAUUCAGGACCUGAAUGGCAACCACGUCAUCCAAAAGUGUCUUAACAAGCUCAGUGCCCAGGAUGCCCAGUUCAUUUUCGAUGCCGUCGGUACAAACUGUGUCGACGUCGGCACUCACCGUCACGGCUGCUGUGUUCUCCAGCGCUGCAUCGACCACGCCUCCGGCGACCAGAAGGUCUGGUUGAUCGCUAAGAUCACCGAACACGCUCCCAUCCUCGUCCAGGACCCCUUCGGCAACUACGUUGUUCAAUACAUCAUCGACCUCAAUGAGCCUUCCUUCACUGAGCCUAUUGUCCGCAUGUUCCAGAACCGCAUCGGACAGCUGUCUCGCCACAAGUUCAGCUCCAAUGUUAUUGAGAAGUGUCUGCGCUGCUCUCAGGAGCCCUCUCGCGACAUGAUUGUUGAAGAGCUUCUCUCCCCCGGCGAGAUUGAGCGCCUCCUCCGCGACUCCUAUGCCAACUACGUCAUUCAGACAGCUCUCGAGUACGCGACCCCUCACAGCAAGUUCCGCCUUGUCGACGCCAUUCGGCCCAUCUUGCCGUCCAUUCGCUCUACCCCCUACGGACGCCGCAUCCAGGCCAAGAUCCAGGCCUUCGAGGGACGUGGUAGUGCCACCUCGAGCGGCCAGGUGACUCCUGCGGAUCCUAGCCAGGGCCAGAUCCCACUCCGCCCCAACCACAACCGUGCCAUGUCUAACACCACCUCCGUUAUCUCCCCCGGCGGAGCCUUCGGCAACGGCCUGAACGGCGGUCUCAACGGCGGUAUGGCUCCCCGCGGCAACCAGGCCAACUAUCCCACGGCCUCCAACGUCACGGUGCCACCUCCGGCCCCCCAGAACCAGCGCAUGCAGCAGUACGGCUACAACUCCCAGCCGCGUGUCAAUGGCGGUGUUCCUGCGGAAGGUGGCGCCGGUGCUGGCGAGACUCAAUGGUUGUAA